GAAAGCACUGCAGCACAUGCCACCUCUGUCCCUAACAGCAGGCUCCACAGAUUUUUCAAGCUUCUUAUCUCCAAAUGUUUUGGAAGAAGUAGACAGCUUCCUUAUCAGAAUAACAAGUUGCUGUACUACUCCAGAGGUUGAACUGACACUCUUGGCCUUUGCCUUAGCCCGAGGGAGUGUCGCCAAGGUGAUAAGUUCCCUUUGUACAAUCACUGAUCAUCUGGACACUCCAUACAAGGCUUCCUCACUUAUUGCUUCCAUGGCAGCAGUCAGGCAGAACCUGCUGUAUAAAUAUGGAAAACCUUUGCGACUGACUCUGCAGGCAUGUGAUGUCAAGGGAAAAGAAGAUAAAUCAGGGCCUGAAAACCUCCUUGUAGAGCCAUGGACUGGGGACGGUUUUCUUACUGAAACUGGGAAAACCAGAGCAAGUAUCAUUCUUUCCACUGGAACUGAGUCUUCGUUUCAAGUGACACAAAUUAGAAUAAAGGUCCGAAGAGGAGCCAUCGGGGCCCAGUGUGGGCUGGUGUUUGCCUACAACUGUCCUUCAGAGAAGUUCCAUGCAGAGGAACACUUCAAAAGGUUUGAGAGCUAUGACAAGUGGAAGCUGAGGGAAUUCAAACAGUUCUUAAAAAACAGAAGCAGUUGUUCAUGUGAUGACUUGGGAGAUGAUGAUCCCAUUGGCUGGUUUGAAGUGGAAGAAGAAUGGGAUGAAGUUGAUGUCAAAAUGCAGCAAUGCAGAGUUUCCCAAUACUUGAUGAUAAAGUUCUUGUGCACAAGACAAGACUCAGCAGAACGACUUGGGGUUCAAGGCCUCAGUGUUCUGGGGUAUCUUCGGCCCAUGAGGGAUGAGCCCAGCAGGAGCAUGAACUGCUUGCAGUGCAAGAGGACUGAGGAUGAUACAGUUUGUGGCACAACUCUACUCCUGAAGACUCUUCAUUUCAUCCAGCAGCUGGCACAGGACCUGGUUCAACAGAAGGAGAGUGGAUUAAAAUACAAGUCAUUUUUAGAUUUCACAGGCCUUGAUUUGCAGCUGUUCUGGAAUUUUUACAAUAAACUUCACCAAAACCCGAGGGAAGAAUGUAUUUUUGCUCAAACACUGCUCUUGCAGCUGCUCCAGAGCUGCUUCUCUGUACUUACUGGAGACAGUAAAACUGCUAAACCUCAAGAAACUCCUCAGAGCAAAACAGUUGGUCACACAGAAGCUGCAGAAGAGCUUUAUAGACAUCUGUGUGAAGUAGUGGAUAUGGGGGACAGUAACUUCAUGCCCAUGAAAAUGCUCAAAGAGGAAGUUAAGAACACCUUGCUCAGUGGAGCUGCAAUCUUUUUCCCAGACAGACAGACCAGGCGACACCAACUCUUCACCAUGAUGAAAAACAUCACAGAGCAAGAACAUAAGCAAUCUGUGCAUCUUGCCUUCAGAUCCUUGUGUACACACUUCAGUGAUCAAGAUCCUGGAGGACUUUUAUUAUUACCAGAGAAAGGAGUUUCUGCAAAUUUUGACAUAAGUGAAGUGUUAUCAGUCAUGGACACCCUUCUGCUGGUGGCAGCAAGAGAGUGUGAAAUGAUGAUGCUGGAUGUGGCACAGCAAGAGAGUGGCACAGUCUUGUCUUCCUUAUUCUGGUCUGUUCAGGGUAGCCUUCUCUCCUGGUGCUACCUGCAGCUCAAGGGCAGUGAUAACUCAGCCAAGGACCUUGCAGUAGAAAUAGUUAAAAACUAUGUCAGCCAGUUCCUGUCAAAUAUCAGAACGAUUUUGCAGUCACUUUUAUCUCAAUAUAAUGGCAAAACAAUAGUAGAAAAAAUAAGUAACUCUGUCUUUGCCAUGGCAACUCGUCAGCUGGUCAUCUUCUUGUUGGAUUUUUGCACUUUAGACAUUCCGUACUGUACUCUGCUACAGGAAUUCAGCACUUUGAUAGAACCACUGAAAAGACUUUGCAGUGAACCUCAUAAGAUGGAUAUGGAGAACUGGCAGCAGGAGCAGCCUGUAGUGCUGCGAACGUGGACUAUGGAAUCACCUCAUAACUAUGAAAAUAACUGUCACGAGGUCUCAGUGUUCCUGUGUCAUGGGGCAACUUACUUUGAGGUGGAAUUUGAUGAAAAAUGUGAAACUGAGAGGAGGUAUGAUUACCUGGAGUUUACUGAUGCCAGAGGGGCAAAAACUCGUUAUGAUACAAAGGUUGGCACUGACAAGUGGCCUAAGAAAGUGACCUUUAAGGCUGGCCCACGGCUGCAGUUUCUCUUUCACUCUGACAGCAGUAAUAAUGAGUGGGGCUACAAGUUUUCCGUCACUGCUUAUGGCCUCCCAGAUGUUGCCGUUUCUUGGGGCUUGGAUUUACAGCUUCUUGUAUCGCGGCUGAUGGGGCGCUUGGCUUCCCGAAGCAUGGCCCUGAAAUCCCUACGAGAAGUAGGUAGUGAAGCAGACUUGCCUCCUUUGAAAGUCACAUCAGUUCUUAAUUCUCCGCUGUGGAAACCUGUCUUCAGGCAUCAGAUGUGUCCUGAGGCACUCCCAGGAGCCAAGCAAAGCAGUGCCAAGCACCAAGACAAAAAAGAGGCUCGGAGCUCUCCCCAGGACGUCUGCCGUAACUUUCUUAUCGACUUUGCAAAAUCAGAUCCUGCCCAGGACUUCAGUGGGCAAAAAUCUGAACUUUUCAAAGGACUUAUACAGGCAUGUAAAAAACAGACCCCAAAGACAGAUAUAGUUGCUGGUUCUACUGUUGAUCAAGCUGUGAACUCAACAUUUGCUGCUUUGGUGUAUCUCACUCCAGAUUUAUUUGAGAAGCUUCAAAAAUAUGUCAACAGUGGAGGCAAGGUGCCUUUGAGUGAGGAGUUUGCACAAGUGUAUUCCCUGGCUGAUUCCAUUAGAAUAUGGAUGUUGGAAAUGAAGCAGAAAUCCCUGAUGGGUAGGGGGAAUGAUACUGAUGAGAAGCAGAACACAGAAGCAAGUGAGGUGAACCCAGAAACUCUUGCAAAACUCUGUAUGCAGAAGAGCCUUUUGUUACUGAAUUUUUUGCCUGUAAGAGCAAAGACGAAAGAUUCUGCUUCAGACAGUUUGGAAGCCCAAGAUACUGAUGAUCCCCAACAAUAUGUCAGUGAUAGAUGCCAAAGAAAAGGUUCUGUUGUGGACACAGACUUCCAGGCAGCACAUUCCCUGUCCUCCAGUCCAGUAACUCCUCCCGUUUCAAAAGAUGGAGGCCAAGCAUCACAGGCUGAUCCAAAGGUUAAACAAGUCCCAGACCCCCUCCAAACAGAAGCAGCAUCUGUAUUUCAUAGUAAGCCUGCUGAAAAUGCAGUUCCACAGCAAGAAGAUGUGUCAUCACCUCCUUCCACUCCCACACGGAAGUCUCAGUUCAGCCGGGGAAGGCUGAGGCUGCUGUCGUUCAGAUCAAUGGAAGAGCCAAGGGCUGUGCCUACUGUGAAGGAAAAAUACCCUAUUUUGAAACACAUAUUAGACUUUAUUAAGGAUCAAUCACUUUCCCGUGAAAGUGUUUUAAAGGUCCUUGCUUUGAGGAAAUCCCAAGGGCAGAGCAUUAUGGAAGUGCUCAAGAUAAUCCGACAGUGCCUAGACUCUCUGGGGCAGCCACACUGCUUUCACCCGCCAUGUGUACUCUUUCUCCUAGAACUUCUAGCCUGUCAGAAAGAUUUUACAAA